ACGACAGAGUGCGCGUCGUGCUCGCCGGCUCGCAGCUGCAGCCUUUUAACUUUGCAUGCAGGCUUCAUUCGCAGACUGACAGAACACCGUUGCAACGCCUCUGUGGAAGGAUUUAAUGUUUCUGCCGCACUGGAAUAACUUUCCUGCUCCCCCCCUUUUUUUGCGCCACUCGGGUCGAUUUUUGCUCUCGCCUUCUGUCGCCUACGGUUUAAAAUCCAAAAGCUUCGCCAUAAGGAGGGAAAAACAAAUCAAACGCACCAUGCCGCAGAAUUCAAGUUUGGCAAGUAAAAACUACGACUACGACUCUCUGCAACCUUAUUUCUACUAUGACAACGAGGAGGAGGAUUUCUACCCGCAGCAGCUUCAGCCUCCGGCACCGAGCGAAGACAUCUGGAAGAAAUUUGAACUGCUUCCGACCCCUCCCCUCUCCCCGAGCCGCCGGCCGUCCCUGUCCAGUCUGUUCCCCUCCACCGCGGAUCAGCUGGAGAUGGUGACAGAGUUCCUCGGCGACGACGCGGUCAACCAGAGCAUCAUCUGCGACGCCGACUAUUCCCAGACCUUCCUCAAGUCGAUCAUCAUCCAGGACUGCAUGUGGAGCGGCUUCUCCGCCGCGGCCAAGCUGAAGAAGGUGGUCUCCGAGCGGCUCGCCUCCCUGCACGCUGCAAGAAAGGAGUCGGCAGGAGACUGCCCAGAUCCCGCCGGAGCUGCUAGUGCCGCGGCUGUUCCUGCGUGGAAGAUGUAUAGCACCUACCUGCAAGACCUGAACACGAGUGCGUCGGAGUGCAUCGAUCCAUCGGUGGUUUUCCCCUAUCCCAUAGCUGAGACGCCCAAGCAGAGUGCAGGGACACCGCCUAGUAAGGAUUUGGGAUUGGACACGCCACCCAACAGCAGCGGCAGCAGUAGCAGUUGCAGCGAUUCAGAAGAGGAGGAUGGCGAGGAGGAGGAGGAGGAGGAGGAUGAGGAUGAUGAUCAGGAGGAAGAGGAGGAAAUCGACGUGGUCACGGUGGAAAAGAGGCAGGCGGUGAAGCGGUGCGACCCCAGCCCACUGGAGACCAGGCACGCCAGCCCACUUGUGCUGAAGAGGUGUCACGUCUCCACCCACCAGCAUAAUUACGCCGCCCAUCCAUCCAUGAGGCACGAGCAGCCGGUUGUCAAGAGGCUGAAGCUGGAGAGUAGCAACAGCAGCGGAGAUGGACGAGGAGGCGGAGGUGCCAGCAGCCACAGCAGGGUCCUCAAACAGAUCAGCAGCAACCGCAAGUGUUUGAGUCCCCGGACGUCCGACACGGAGGACUAUGACAAGAGAAGGACUCAUAACGUACUGGAGCGCCAGAGGAGGAACGAGCUCAAGCUGAGCUUCUUUGCUCUGCGGGACGAGAUCCCCGAGGUGGCCAACAACGAGAAGGCGGCCAAAGUGGUGAUCCUGAAGAAGGCUACAGAGUGCAUCUACAGCAUGCAGUCAGACGAACAGAGACUCCUCUCUCUCAAAGAGCAGCUGAGGAGGAGAAGUGAACUUUUAAAGCAGAGACUCGCACAGCUGCAGAGUUGUCGUGCUUAAAGUUUGAAUCCUAAAUGUUUUUUGUUUUGUUUGUUUUUUUGGGGGGGGGGAAAUACAAAUUCUUUACUUGGGGGUUGUACAGUAAAAGCUGCAUGCAAGUUCAAAACGGAUAAGUUGUUUUUUUUAAAAUCCGGUUUGAUUUCAAUGUAAAAACUGCCUCAUCUGAUAAAUAUUUAAAAGUUUAUUUUAUUAAUAAAAUGUUAAAAAAAAUGUAGGUUAUCCUGUUGGAAGCCUAAACUAAAAUAUGAGUUUUUAUGUUUUGUAUAUAAUUAAUAUUU